AUGUAUCGUACCAACAUUGGCAGCUCUGGCAGCCCUCACCAGUCUUCAGUCGAUGGCAACGAAUUGAUGCGCCAUAACAUACAGUCUGGUGCCUGCGAACGGCCAGCGAACGGCCAGCCAGAAAACGAUCGGCUCGUUUUGCUUGCAUCGCUGUUGGUCAUGCUUCCGACAAUCGUAUCUAGCAUAUGCACAGAGCGUCGUAUGCCAGCGGCCACCAACCAACAGGCCCAAGUUCCAGGCCCAAACCGAGGCGCAGACAGGAACGGGCCAACCAAUACAACAAAGCACGACGUACAUCCGUAG